UCGUUGCGUUGCUGUGCAGUGGUAGUGCGGAAAGCAGAAUAGAACGAGCUCAAUUUCUUCGGCCAAACGCAAAGAAAUCGCAGUCAGCUUGACUAACGAUUGAGAUUGAAGACAUACAGUAAAUCCGUUCGCAGCAGGCCCCGACUUUGCAAAGUUUUCAUACAAGAAAACAGGAAGUGAAAAGUGAGCCCGUACGCCACAACGCCACAGUACAAAGAGGAUCGCACUCUUCAAAUGGCCGACAGCAAGAACGACGAUUUGGCAACCGCCAUUCUGAAGCGCAAGGAUCGCCCGAACCGAUUGAUCGUCGAUGAAGCCGCCAACGAUGAUAAUUCGGUUAUUUCAUUGUCACAGGCGAAAAUGGAUGAACUGGAGUUGUUCCGGGGCGAUACCGUGCUGUUGAAAGGCAAGCGGCGCAAGGAAACGGUUUGCAUCGUGCUGUCGGAUGAAAACUGUCCCGACGAGAAGAUUCGCAUGAACCGCGUGGUGCGUAACAAUCUGCGCGUCUGGCUCGGCGACGUGGUGAUGAUUCAAUCUUGCCCGGACGUAAAGUACGGCAAGAGGGUCCAUAUCCUACCGAUCGACGACACGGUCGAGGGACUGACCGGUAACAUGUUCGAUGUUUACCUGAAGCCGUACUUCCUCGAGGCGUACCGUCCGAUCCACAAGGAUGACACGUUCAUCGUGCGUGGUGGUAUGAGGGCGGUAGAGUUCAAGGUGGUCGGGGCCGAUCCGGCACCAUACUGUAUCGUCGCGCCGGAAACGGUUAUCCAUUGCGAGGGCAAUCCGAUCAAGCGCGAAGAGGAAGAGGAAACGCUGAACGCCGUUGGGUAUGAUGAUAUUGGCGGUUGCCGGAAGCAGCUGGCACAGAUUAAGGAGAUGGUUGAGCUGCCUCUGCGCCAUCCGUCGCUAUUCAAAGCCAUUGGCGUGAAACCUCCGCGCGGUAUUCUCAUGUACGGUCCGCCCGGUACGGGUAAAACACUGAUUGCCCGGGCCGUGGCCAACGAAACGGGUGCGUUCUUCUUUUUGAUCAACGGGCCCGAGAUCAUGUCGAAACUGGCAGGCGAGUCGGAGUCGAACCUGCGGAAGGCUUUCGAAGAGGCGGAGAAAAACUCGCCCGCGAUCAUCUUCAUCGACGAGAUCGAUGCGAUUGCUCCGAAGCGUGAGAAAACACACGGUGAGGUCGAACGUCGGAUCGUGUCCCAGCUCCUAACGCUGAUGGACGGCAUGAAGAAGAGUGCGCACGUGAUCGUGAUGGCCGCAACCAAUAGACCGAACUCGAUCGACCCGGCGUUGCGUCGUUUCGGGCGCUUCGAUCGUGAAAUCGACAUCGGCAUUCCGGACGCGACGGGCCGUCUGGAGGUGCUGCGGAUUCACACGAAAAACAUGAAGCUUGCCGAAGAUGUCGACCUCGAGCAGAUUGCUGCGGAAUCGCACGGUCACGUCGGAGCGGAUCUGGCUUCGCUCUGCUCGGAGGCUGCUCUGCAGCAAAUCCGAGAAAAGAUGGAUCUGAUCGAUCUUGAGGACGACCAGAUCGAUGCCGAGGUGCUGAACUCGCUCGCCGUAUCGAUGGAAAACUUCCGGUACGCGAUGACCAAAUCGAGCCCAUCGGCGCUGCGUGAAACCGUUGUCGAGGUGCCGAACACGACGUGGACCGACAUUGGUGGGCUGGAGAACGUGAAGCGAGAGCUGCAGGAACUGGUACAGUACCCCGUCGAGCAUCCGGACAAAUUUCUCAAGUUCGGCAUGCAACCAUCGCGCGGCGUGCUGUUCUACGGACCGCCCGGUUGCGGUAAGACGCUGCUCGCCAAAGCCAUCGCCAACGAGUGCCAGGCGAACUUUAUCUCCGUCAAGGGUCCGGAGCUGCUGACGAUGUGGUUCGGCGAAUCGGAGGCAAACGUGCGCGAUAUUUUCGACAAGGCACGGUCGGCCUCGCCGUGCGUGCUGUUCUUCGACGAGCUGGACAGCAUCGCGAAAUCGCGUGGCGGCAACGUGGGCGAUGCCGGUGGAGCCGCGGAUCGUGUGAUCAACCAGAUUCUGACCGAGAUGGAUGGUAUGGGUGCGAAGAAGAAUGUGUUCAUCAUCGGCGCCACUAACCGGCCGGACAUUAUCGAUCCCGCCAUUCUGCGCCCCGGCCGUCUCGAUCAGUUGAUCUACAUUCCGCUGCCGGAUGAGAAGUCGCGCGAAGCGAUCCUUCGCGCCAAUCUGCGCAAAAGCCCCGUGGCCGACGACGUCGAUCUGAACUACGUCGCGAAGGUGACGCAAGGCUUUUCGGGGGCUGAUUUGACGGAAAUUUGUCAGCGUGCCUGUAAGCUCGCGAUCCGUCAGGCGAUUGAGGCGGAGAUUCGACGCGAGCGAGACCGUGCGGCAAACCAGAGCUCGGCAAUGGACAUGGAUGAGGAGGAUCCGGUGCCGGAGAUUACGCGUGAUCAUUUCGAGGAAGCGAUGAAGUUUGCCCGUCGAUCGGUUUCCGACAACGACAUUCGCAAGUAUGAAAUGUUUGCCCAAACGCUGCAACAAUCGCGCGGUUUCGGCACCAACUUCCGGUUCCCAUCCGGCCAGGGUAACAACAGCGCGCAGGGUCAAGGAUCGUCGCAACCGACGAGCAAUAAUCCAGGCGACAAUGGGGACGACGAUCUUUACAGUUAGAUUUGCUAAUAGCUUUUUUGCCACCUCCGUUCUCAUACAGUUCGGGCAGAUUAGCUAUUAGAGUUAGCUGCUGCUGCUCGAUGGAAUCAUCGUUGCUCCGGCCAGCGACCGGCUCUACCGUAAGACCACCAUAAACAUAAACCGCCUACUUCUCCAUCAUUCUAGCCACUCAAGUAAAACUUUUCUGUUUUCAUCCUUCUGAGCAAUUCUUUUUUUAUCAUCCACCCGUUCUUUUUCCGUCUUCGUAAAUUACUUGUAUGAUGGUGUCUUACUGAUCUUGAAUUCCAAUACUAAUUUAAACCAAUACAACAUGCAACGUGUACGCUGUAGUAACAACGAGCCCGAAUUCAAAUAAUGGGCAGGUUCGUUGCAUGUAAGCCCGCUGUGGUCUGUCUUAAGAGACUGGCAGCUGGUUAUCUGCAUGCGACACUGAUGGCACGUCCCAAAAGACUCGACUGAAAAGUAAACGGUUGGGCGGUAACUAAUUGAAAUGCGUUUUCUUGCUUGUUUUCUGCGGUGACAUUCACUCUUUCUUCACACACUGCAGUCUUCUCCUUUUCCCCACUGUCCGAUUUCUCAUUUCGGAGAAUUAUGUGUAAUCGCGUAUGGAUCGUAGUAGAAAUAAUUACCGGAAAAACUGUCAUUCAUUUAAGCGAAACUUAACGUGGGGUUCCAGACCUCCACACAUUGCCGAAGUAAAGUUCGGAAAGACGCGUUGUCUUGCAUGGGACUGUAUGGGACACUCGGUGUCUAUCCCAUGCAAGACAACGCGUCUUUCCCAACUUUACUUCGGGGGUGUGUGGAGACCUUCCCUUGUCGAUAAUUGUAACGAAGGAAGAGUUUCUGCAACGGUUUCUCCUCUGACCGUAUCGCACUUCUUCUGCAAAAACGAGGACAAGUAAAAGAGGUGAAGGUGAAGGAACACGACGGUGUCGAAGUAGAACGCCGCCACAGGCCACUACCCCUCUUGUGUGUGGUAUAGUUUUCUUAUUCUUUAGGAUGGAACGAAAAGCAAGAGAAAGUAAGCCCGCUGAAACCUUUAAAUUGUAUUUUUACGGGGAACGAAAAUAACACAUAAGAUGAAGUGAAGUGGAUGAGAAAUAAACCACAAAAAAAAUAAAAUAAAUCACAAAAAUGAG